UACUUAGUCAGCUCCCCUGUCCUAUUCCACCCAGCCUUGGGGCACCUCCCUCUGGGGUUCUCAGGCUACCUUUUCCUGCCUCUGCCUACUGUUCAUCAUACCUGGACUCUGCCUGGCGAGGUUUGGGGGUGGGGGGGGACAUGCUUGCGUGCCCCCUUGUAUCAGUGAAGCCUGCCCUUCACCAAGUCCAGACUCAACCAGCCCUCCCCACCAACCUGGGAGGGGGUGCUAGAGCUUGCCCCAACUUAAAGAUGGGAAAAUGAAGACCGAGAAGACUGCUGACCUGCCCAAGGUUGCACAGCCAGGCCUGGGAGAGCAGAGCCUGGGACCUUGACCUUGAAGGUGGCGUUGCCGGCUCCAGCCUCUGGGUCCACCAUGUGGGAGAGUCAAGGCCACAGUUUUCAGCCAUAGAAGGGCAAGGCUUUGGGCGAGUGCACCCAGGAGGCUGGGUUUUAGCCAGUUCAGCAGCCUGGAGCACUGAGGGGGAGGAAGGGGAUAAACGGAGCUAGCAGGCCGGCCAGCUGUCUCCCGCCAGGGUCCCCAGGGCAGGCCCUGCUGCCUCUCACCUGUCCCAGCUUAGAAACUGGGAAACCCUUUGCUGCUCCCCCAAAGGAAGUUGUCCCCAGGAGGGGCCCAGCGGGUCGGCCAGACAUUCGGUGUCAGUAGGUCUGGAGUAAGUAUGUACAAUUUCCAGUCUGAUUCAAACUUGUUCUAUUCCUGGCCCCAUUAAAAAACAUUCGUCUCUGGGCUGGCUUGGGGAUUUGGCAAGUCGGUAUGGCUUCUCCGAGUUUGUGAUAUCCAGUGGAAGGUCCAAAAAUGUGGAUUCUCAAGGCUGGGUGGCUUCGCCUCUGUGGGUCUCAGUGUCCUUAUCCAUCAAAUGGGGUCAGUACCUGCCGGGAGAGUUGCUAUGGAAAUAAACUCCCGAGAGGAGCUCAGCUCACGCUGCCGGGCGUGAGGUCAGCAAUCCGUGACCGUCCCCGUCAUUACAGACAUUAGUCCUGGUCUCAGUUCUGUCUUUGCCACUGACUUAGGACAUGGCUUUCCGACGCAGUUAGAGAAGGGACCUUAAGCUUGAAAGCUUGGACUUGAGCCCUGCCCCUUCAGAGUGAUUUCCAGCCUCUGCUUGGAUGCCUCGGGGCCAAGAGCUCAUGCUCUGCCCCCACCUGGCAGACCCUGGCUCAGCCUGUGCUUGUUGCCUCAGUUUCCUUGUUGGCCGUCCACAGACCCCUCCCCCAACCCUGCUGAGGCCCCCCGCUGGCUGGGAUGAGGUCACCUCUGUUCCUUCCAGACUCCACACCCCUGCCCCAGUCACCUCCUCAAUGCUCCUCCUCCCCUUUACCUCUUGCAGAGAUUUUAAUUCGCUUUCCAAGGACAAUGUCUUCGAGAAUAACCGUUUGGCCUUUGAAGUGGCCGAGAAGGAGCUGGGGAUCCCCGCUCUCCUGGACCCCAAUGACAUGGUCUCCAUGAGUGUCCCCGACUGCCUCAGCAUCAUGACCUACGUGUCCCAGUAUUACAACCACUUCGCCAGCCCUGGCCAAGCUGGUGUCUCAUCGCCUAGAAAGGCCCAGGCACUCUCCUCUCCGCCAUUGGAAGCACCUACUCCCACAGAGCCAGGAGAAAGGGCUCAGGACGAGGAGCUGUCGUCCGGCAGUCUGUCGGAGCAGGGUGCCCAGCGGACCCCCAGCAGCACGUGCGCGGCCUGCCAGCAGCAUGUGCACCUGGUUCAGCGCUACCUGGCCGAGGGCAAGCUGUACCACCGCCACUGCUUCCGGUGUCGGCAGUGCUCCAGCACCCUGCUCCCUGGAGCUUACAGAAGUGGGCCUGAGGAAGGCACCUUCGUGUGCGCGGAGCACUGCGCCAGGCUGGGCCCAGGUGGGCGGUCGGGGGCCAAGCCCGGGCCCCCUCUGCAGCCAAAGCAGCAGCAACUUGCAGAAGAAGUCAAGGAUGUGGACGGAGGCGGUGUGGGUGCUAGUGCACCCGCAGGGGCUGAGGUGGAUGUCCCCAAGGCCAGCCCCGAGGCCCGGCCCCAGAUCCCCACCAAACCCUGGCUUCCAAGCAAACCACAGGAGCUGGGCAGCUCCCCGGCCGGCCACCCCACGCCUGCCCCGAGGAAGGCCCCUGAGAGCCCAGCCCUGACACCCCCCACGCCCCGGCCCCGGUCCAGUCUGCAGCACGAGAACUCGGCGGAGCAGGGUGGCAGCAGUGGCCUAGUAAAUGGAAGGCUGCACGAACCCCCCGUCCCCAAGCCGAGAGGGACGCCCAAGCUGUCAGAGAGGACACCAGCCCCCAGGAAAGACCCCCCAUGGAUCACCCUGGUGCAGGCAGAGCCAAAGAAGAAGCCAGCCCCCCUCCCGCCGAGCAGCAGCCCCGGACCUCCAAGCCGGGACAGCAGGCAGGUGGAGAAUGGCGGCGCGGAGGAGGCAGCCCAGCAGAGCCAGGUGACAGCUGGCCCGGAGCCCAAGCCCUACAACCCCUUUGAAGAGGAGGAGGAGGACGAGCCCCGAGCUGCACCCAGCCUGGCCGCUGGCCCUGCCCUAGCUCCCUCGGUGGAGUCCGCGCCCAAGUCCCUGCACCCCUGGUAUGGCAUCACCCCCACCAGCAGCCCCAAGACGAAGAAGCGCCCUGCCCCCCGCGCGCCCAGCGCGUCCCCACUCGCUCUGCACACCUCCCGCCUGUCGCACUCAGAGCCGCCCUCCGCGACCCCGUCACCAGCCCUCAGUGUGGAGAGCCUGUCCUCCGAGAGCUCCAGCCAGACCCCCUCUGGGGAGCUUCUAGAACCACCCGUUGUGCCCAAGAGCUCCUCGGAGCCUGCGGUCCAUGCCCCUGGCACCCCUGGGACCUCUGCCAGCCUCUCUGCCGACUCCUCCUUGUCCUCCUCUGGGGAGCUGGUGCAGCCCAGCGCAGACCAGAUACCUCAGGCCAGCCCUGGCCUUGCCCCCGGUACCAGGGGCAGCCCGAGUCCCCAGCCAGCCAAGCCCUGCAGUGGCGCUGCCCCCACCCCUCACUUACUGGUUGGAGACAAGAGCCCUGUGCCUUCCCCCGGAAGCUCGUCCCCGCAGCUCCAAGUAAAGUCUUCCUGCAAGGAGAACCCUUUUAACCGGAAGGCAUCACCCACAGCAUCCCCAACCACGAAGAAGACCACCAAGGGAUCCAAGCCAGCCAGGCCACCUGCCCCAGGACACGGCUUCCCGCUUAUCAAACGCAAGGUCCAGGCUGACCAGUACAUCCCCGAGGAGGACAUCUACGGAGAGAUGGACACAAUUGAGCGCCAGCUGGAUGCCCUGGAACACCGUGGAGUCCUGCUGGAGGAGAAGCUUCGUGGCGGAGUGAACGAGGGCCGUGAGGACGACAUGCUAGUGGACUGGUUCAAGCUCAUCCACGAGAAGCAUCUGCUGGUGCGGCGGGAGUCCGAGCUCAUCUAUGUUUUCAAGCAGCAGAACCUGGAGCAACGCCAGGCGGAUGUGGAGUACGAGCUCCGCUGUCUCCUCAACAAGCCAGAAAAGGACUGGACAGAGGAGGACCGGGGCCGAGAGAAGGUGCUGAUGCAGGAGCUCAUGACCCUGAUCGAGCAGCGCAACGCCAUCGUCAACUGCCUGGAUGAGGACCGGCAGAGGGAGGAGGAGGAAGACAAGAUGUUGGAAGCCAUGAUCAGGAGGAAAGAGUUCCAGAAGGAGGCUGAACCCGAGGGCAAGAAGAAGGGGAAGUUCAAGACCAUGAAGGUGCUGAAGCUGCUAGGAAACAAGCGGGACACCAAGAGCAAGUCCCCGGGGGACAAGAGCUAACAGCGAGGGUGGCCAGCUGGGACUCCCACCCCUCCUGGCGUACGCAGCCCCCUGGCUGUGCUCCGCUGUGGGGGGGCACGCUGCUUCCCAUCGGGAUCAGUCCCGGGGAAAGAUGACGUCAGGGCAGGGGGCCUCUGGGUGACAGCCUCUCCCUCCUCAGGGUCCUCUGGCUGAUCUGGGCCAAAGAAUUUUCUUCCCUUUUCUCGGGGCCGCGGGCAGCUGUGGCUCAGCCCUGCCCGGUCUGGUUCUGAGGACUCCAGAGGCUGUGACUGAACCAAGGAGCAAGCAGGGCGCUGGGUCCAGGGAGCGGUGGGGGCUCAGCACACCUGCCUGGCGUCCCAGCCACUGCCUGCCGUGACGGGCAGCUCCUGGGUCUCUCUUCCCUUCUGUACCAUGUCCGGAUGGGAUUCUUAGCUGUCAGAGUUCUGACCUGAAGGCCCUUACACCCAUGCGGUCGGCCCGUGGUGGACCUCUGGCCCGGGAUCUCCUGCCCUCAGGGCUCUGCUGCUCUUGGCAGGCUGGCAAGCCUGGCUUGGCUGCCCUGGUUUCUUCCUGCCCCAGCCCUGGCUCUGAGUCCCCGUUGUGCUUUCCAGCGCAGGUGGCCCUGAAUCUGUUUCUCCUCACUCAGGAGCUCUAUUUAUGAAGUCUAAUUAGGUUUGAACUCGUUACUGUGUCCUCAGACAUGAAUGGGCCUGGCAGACAAAUCCCGCCCUCUGUCCCUCAAAGCUCUAGGAGGUGCUUGUCUCGCCUCCCCUUGUUCCAUCGGAAACCUCACCCCCAGAAAUCGGGGCCAGGUGGCUGUGCUGGGCUGGGUGGGUGCCCUAGAGCUGAGUCCCCAGGGAGGGCCUCUGGGAGACGGGCCCCAGGGGCAGUUCUGGUCCGCGAGCAUCAGCGGAGGGAGCUGUGCUUCACGGAGGUGCUAAUCUCGGGUUCCUUAACACAUUGUAGUCUGACCCCUCAUUUAGACUUGCCCCCGCCACCCCAGGGCUGGGGCCAUGAUGGUGGGCCCAUUCCUGGGUGUGGUCAUCACCAGUCUGUCUUCUCACACUUGACUGUUGUCCGCGCUCUCCCGAAUUGUUCCCCCGAAGGACUGACGGCCACUUACCCCACCGUGAUGGCCAUGGGACAGGAGGAGCCAAUGGGGACAAUUGUCUUUUCCCCAGGGAAUGUGUCCAGCAGCCGUCGUCGUCAUGCAAAGCACUGUUGCUAUAAGCUAUCUGUGGGGUGCUCGAGGGCCCCCUCCCUCAGCACACCUCUGGGGAAAGUACGCACUGUAUUCACUUGCGAGGGUUUUCCUCACCAACAAUAAAUGGAGACAACCUCAGUUGCCAGUGCCCCCGAGCCUUGGGCGCGUUGCCCUCAGCCGGGUCUGCCUUCUUCGCUGCUGCCGCUGUGCCCCAUGGCCGGGCAUCUCUGGUUGCCCGGGAGGGGAAAGUGGGGCUGUCCACGGCAAGGGGCGUUGGCCCUCGGGGCCUGCCAGUGGGCAAGACUCUUCCUCUGCAGAGAGAGGCGGCCUGUGCAGCCCCUGGUGUUCUCCUUGCAAACAUCUCUUGACCUGGAGCUGGUCACCAACUCUAAAGGCUUUCGGGGGCCCGGCAGGUCACACACCUGACCAGGCAGGGUGUAACCUGAGGGCUGGCUCUGGCAGGCUGUCAGGGUGUCCGGAGACUCAGGUAGCGGGGACGGAGGUGAACAGGGGUGUCUAUGCCCCAACUAAAGGGGGAAGUUCUUCCUUACUUAAGUCAACUGUAGCCUGUGGGAAUGCAGCCCCAUGUGGCCAGACCUUCCAUUUUUCAAAAGAAGCUAGAAAUGCAGAUUUUGUGUGUGUGUGUGUGUGUGUGUGUGUGUAUGUGUGUGUGUCUGUGUGUCUGUGUGUGAUUUGUAAAUGCUGGCAACUAAUCUGAAUUUAAAUCAAGGGUAGGCUGUGUUGUCAUGGGUGGGCCAAAGGCGUCCUGGGGUUCUCUGGUUUGCCGCCUUGGGGCUACGUGAGGGGGCCUUUGAAGUGGAGGACAGCUGUCCUUAUGGUAUACCCUCUGCCCUCGGGUUCUGAAGGGUAUGUGGACACAGGCUUCCCAUGGAAAUGUUCCUGAACCAGCCCUUCGUCUGGCCCCUUCCACUUAUGUUUGAGGCUGUGGGGCCGUGUUUGUUCUGUAGCCUAAAACACGGGUCUUGUGGCCUGUAGGAUUAUACGAAUCCCUCCAGGUGGGAGUGUUGGUUGAAUUUUCCAAACUAUUUUGAUGUAUGGGGACAGGAAAGUGACAGAGUCCUGGAGGUUGUCAGAAGACAUGGGGACUUGCAUGGACUGUGUGCAGAGGCAGCGGCUCAGGGGGUCUGAGGCCGCCUCCAUAGCCCUGAGGCUGCCUCCAUAGCCCUGAGGCUGGGCCUCGCCCGUGAGCAGUCGGAGCUGAGGCCGUGAUUCUGCUCGGGCUGCCAGCACACACCAAAGCUAAGCCCUUUUGGUCUAGCUCUCUCCCACCCUUGUUUCUGUGGGCUGUGGGGUUCGUGGAAAGCCCGAGAACUAACUUCUAACCCCGAGUAUGCUACUUGCCAGUUGAACGACCUUGGUGACAGUGUCUUGGGGAGCCUUAGAUUUCACACAGGGAGAGCGAACCGUCAUCGCGGGGUUUUAUCGAGAACAAACCGAGUGAAAAUCAGCACCUGACGCGGUGCCCGGCCAUGGGGUGUUCAAGAGGUGUUGGCUCUCAUUUCCACUUGAGAUAUGCAAACAGCUAAAAAGCAUCUGUGCUUGAAAAAUUCUAACUCCUUGAACAAAUAAGCCUAUCCUUGUGAAAACAAAACGGUGCAUGUAAUGACCUACGUUAAAUGUGUCUUACCAGCCAAUUAAUCAUAGUGGUUAAACGUUUGCCUAAGGCUGUAAGAAGUCAAACAAGUAGGUCUUAAGGCAGGAAGGAAGGAAUUGUAUUCAUUCCAAAGUUCUGAAAACUCAAUGUGUAGGACACACAGUGGGUGUUGGGGGGGAGGAAGAGGCCUGUUGGAUGCCCUCAGACACACGCCCAGGAUGGUGAGAUGGGGCCUUGCCUUCACUGUGUAUGGGCUCUUUCCCUGAGAAAAGACUCGAAGUUAUUUGUGUGUGUGAUUGUGUGUGUGUGUGUGUGGUGUGUGCAUGCAUGUGUCUGUCUGUGACUGGGGGUCUCGGCAGCUCAGCUGACUCAGGCUCCCUGGGCAGAGUCUUGAGGAGAACCUGCUCAUUCUCUGAGAUUGGCCUAUUUUCUAGGGUGCCGUGUGUGCCCAGGAUCCCCUAGGCCAGGGCAGUGCUGCGCAGCCAUUUGAUGUGACUGAAGGCCAGGGUAGGUGGGCUGACCAGGGGGUGACUCUGCUUGGCCAGGGGGUGGGCUCCAGUGGUCCAGGAUGGGCUACUUUGUCUCUCGCUCUGGAGACAGGUCAAGGGGUGGCAAGAGCCUUCCUAAGGUCCUCACUCUUCUUGUGGUCAAUGGCUUCCAUUUCCCGUAGUUUCUGCAAAGGGCAUCAGGAAAAGCUGGGUGUCAGGGUGGGCUUGAGGAGCCGCUGCUGAUGUGAGGCUAGGGAGGACUCCCAGACCGGGGCCAGACCUGGGCCGCAGCUGCGGUGUCCACACACGUGUCCCGCUGCACACUCAUGGCGGGCCCUCCCCCACCCCUCCCUGUGGCUUCUCCUACCUGGGAGAUCUCAGCAAGGAUGAGCCCUUGGUACUGUCUGCGCUGUCCCAGCGCCUCCAUAUCAGCCAGGAAUUCCUUCCUCUCCUGGAUUUCCUUUACCACUAGAUGGGGGAGAAGGGCCGUCUUUGUAUGGGGCAGUAGGGGGCCAGCAGGCUCCUGGGGGGGUGGCCGGGGGCAAGAGGUUGCCUCUCUCAGGGAGAGGAAGCAGUUCUGUGGUCAGACAGCGUUUCUCACUUUGACCACAGAUUAUGGGCCCCUCCACACCCCUCACCCCAGCAUAAGUGGCCCAUCCGUGGCUUACAUUCUUCAAAGCGGUCCAGCUCGGGGGCUGAGGCCUCCUGUUGCACUGGAGGGGGCUUUCUUUUCCGUUCCUCUGAGUCCUUCCCAGUGGCAAAAAUAUUUUGGAGUCUUCGCUUCUCUUUCUCCAGAUCUCCUGUAGGGCCCGGAAAUGGCCUCAUUAAGGCAGGCAGGGCACCCCAUUCAUGACAUGCUUGUUCCAGGGUCCCUGGGUGACAUGGAGGGGUCUUCUGCAAACCGGGCAUCUUCUGCCCUGGGAGCCCCUGAGCUUGUGUCAAGACAGGCAGGAAGGGGAAGGGCUGGAGAACGAAUGUCAGAACGCAUGCACUGCUCUGGUGCAGAGUGAGACUAAGAAAACCCUGACUGUCACGAUGGCAGCCUGGGUAUAGAGGCUGUGGGAGCUGUCGGCAGUCCGGGCCAAGAGCUACAUCGGACGCCAAGUAGGAAGGGGGACAAAGGCUCUGUGGAGUAGGCUGGCGUGCAGAGGAGUUCUGGAUUGGAGCUACUGUGUGACCUUAAGAGAGCAGUGGCCGUGACACCUGACAGCCAAACGUUCCUCAGGGACUGGUGGACUCGAGUUAAUCAUUACAGAGUUCUAAAAAAAAAAAGGAUACCUAACUGGUUUCCCCUGUACCCUGAACACUCCAAACUAACAAGCACAUUAGUAUAAACAGCACAAGAAUUUGAUUAGACACCCGCUCACCUGCCCUGUGGUCGGCUUGCUGCGCACCUCCCACCCCGGCCCAUUUGGGGAAGGAGGUGGAAGAGGGGCUCUCGAGGCCCUCUCACUUACGGGUGGCUUGAGGCUUGAAUGGUUCCCGGCUGUAGGCCCCGUUGGCUUGGCACAAGCUGGCAGGCCGCAGGUGGGGCCGGGCCGCCAGGAUGGGAGGCAGGUAGAUGGCUGCGGCUGGCUGUUUGGAAGGCGACGCCCUCUGGCUGGAUGUUGGGCUGCACUGUAGGGGCAGAGUGUUUCCUCCUGGGGAAGGAAGGUUCCAGUGCCGGGGGCGGGAGGGAUCCACCUCUAUUGUGUUCUGUUUUGUUUCGUUAAUUUAUAAAAGUGAUACCGCCUGUUACAACAAGUCAAUGAGUAUAGAAGUCUUCCCUUAUGCCUUCCAGUCCCCCACCCAACCCCACAACAAGCGAUUGUUAGAAUUUGGUGAUCUUGUUCCAGACUUUCUGAUGUUAAUACAAACACGUAUAUGACCUUCGUGUUUCAAACACUGGAUCAUAUAUAUUCAGUAAUAGACUCUUCGCUUAACACGUUACCAUGGACAACCUUCCAGAUCACUCCAUUUAUAUAUAACUUAUUUUUUAUAGCUAUAUACUAGUUCUUAGAAUGGAUACCUUAUUUAUUUUAUCCAACUAGUCUUCUAAUUUCAGAAAUUCAGGCUGUUCCCCCUUUUUUUUACUACUUCAAACAAUGCUGCAAUAAACAUUCUUGUGCGUCAAG